UCGUCCCUAGUUGCAAAACAUAGAAGAUGGACAUUCCGCUAUACUUUGAUAUGCUCUGAUACAAAUUAUUUACCACGUUGUUCACUCGGCAUCUUUGCCAGGAUGAUUUGAACUUGAUUUAGCGGGUUCGAACGAACGCAAAUGUAGCUCCUUCGAUUCGUCGAUACGUAAGCAGAUAUUGAUUUAAAUAUUAUAUAUCCAGGGAAGCCAUCUUCUCUUUAUACCAAGCCAAACCCGAGCUUUCCGAGGGGACACAUCCCACGCGUGACAUUUCCCCGAAGAAAUCGAAGAUGUCGCGUAAUCAUUCCUGAAGGAAGAAGAUACCAGCGCGAGGAGUUCCUUGCGCAAAAAGGCAGACUUUCUCACUCGACGGAAAUGACAACAUACUGAAUCUACAUUUGGAGCGACCGAGAUGAUGUUUUGCUGCCUAAGGAACUGCUUCGAUGGUUUUGGUUUCUCUGCGGCACAGGUUGCCAGAAGAGAGCCAAACCCGAUUGCUUUGGACACAACUCACAUGGGCCAUGAAGUAGUUAUAGUGAAGAAUGGCUCGAGAGUAUGUGGCCGGGGUGGCACGUUAACUACUGCACCAUUGGCACAGAGUAAAAGUUACUUCGAAGUAAAGGUCCAGCAGGGCGGAGUUUGGGCGGUAGGUUUGGCAACCCGAUCUACAGACCUCAGUCAAUCGACUGGAGGUAACGAUGCGGAGAGUUGGACUCUCAACUCGGAUGGAGUAGUUCGUCACGAUGGGCAAGAGUUACACAAGAUACAGAGCAUUGUCCAAGAAGGAGACAUCGUUGGUGUAUCGUAUGAUCACGUGGAGUUAAAUUUUUACCUGAAUGGCAAGUCGUUAGACGUACCGAUACUUGGGAUAAAGGGGACUACGUAUCCAGCACUGUACGUCGACGAUGGUGCCAUACUAGAUCUGAUACUCGAUAACUUCGCCCAUCCUCCACCGAUGGGCUUUGAGAAGAUAAUGCUGGAACAGUCUUUGCUCUAGCGAACACAUUUGAGAAGAUUUAAAACGAGCAUUGAACAAACUGGCAUACUCGAUGGAACUUGCGCGAUAAUAGUCGUACCAGUACCACGAGUGAAGUCGGAACGAUCAAUUUAAUGUAAGAUUACCCUGUACGAUAAGAGAGCAUAAUGUUACGGAGAAGAUAUGUUUAUCAUAAUAUAAUAGCUUAUAAAACACCGGACUACUGAUCGAGAAGUAAACCCUUUUUCCUUUGUCGUAACAAAGUGGGUCCAUGAGUUAACAGAACCUCGACUACCAAGACAAAGAACAGUCAAAAUAGAUAAAAAAACUCCUGAACAAAAAUUAAACUUAACCUCAUCGCAGGUUCCGUUGUGGUUAUUUUGUACCUCGGAGUAUUUAAGAAUUCUCAGGAUUUAUUAAAAGGUAUACAUAAUCAAAUGUUUUAGAUUAAUUCACCUGCGAGCCUAGCUGUCAAGUUAUAACUAUAUAUUUAUAUAUAAUAUAUACUUUUAUCUAUAUAUAAUUGCGGUAUAUUUAAAUCUGAAAUAUAUGUGUAUACAUAUAUAUGUGUGUGUGUGAGUAUGUGUAUGACUCGCGUGUAAUUUACAUACAUAUACAUAUAUAUAUAUACGGUAAAUCACUGAAAUCUUAUUCAAUUAAUGGUACUGUACAUACAAAAGUAAAACAAGGUACAGAAGGCUUUAGGCCUGAUGUUUGUCUCGUUAGGCUCGCUUCGUCAUGGCUUAUUCGUUGACCGAGGAUUAUUUAUUCCAUCUUCGUAAUAAGAAAAUAAGAAGGAAAAGAAGGAAAUUCUCCGGCCCGGGUUCUCGCGGUUUAAUUUUUCUUUUUUAUUAACGGUCGAAUUCAGCGGAACGCGGACUGGAAAUGUAUUAAAGCUAAACCGUCCUAUCUGUAUAACGUACUAUCCACGAAGUAGUAUAAGGAGAUACAACGCCAUUUGCGAAAUUAAAAGCAUUUUAUGUCAUUCACGUCGGUAGGAAAUGUUUCGGUGACGUAGAUCGUAGUUUCCUCGUUUCCCGCAAAUGGCGCUCGCGUCGCUGAGAUCAGCGAAAAUCUGAUAUUCUGGGAUCACUGUCUGUGGAACCGACCACUGGCGUUACGUCUCCUUAUACUAAUUCAUGGUACUAUCGAUGAUUUAUUCUUGUGUGCACACAUGUGUCAAUCGUUACUGCAUUCGUGCGCUCGAUAAUUGUACAAUGAGUUUAGGGCAGACACCAUUUUCCGGGACGCGAUUUCACUUCCGAUUCAGUUGACUCGAGUCAGGGUUGAGAGAAACCGUAAUUCCUUUGAGAAGAAAAAAAAAAAA